AGUUAAGAAAAAAAAGUGAUUUCUUAUCAAUUGUGUGUUACUUUUAAUAAGGUAUAAUCGAUUUCCGUCCAAUCGAUUAGGAACCUCAAUGUAUGACCAUAGCGCGCCUCACUACAACUCUAUGACCUGUCAAAAUGAAGUGACAACCAACAUCUGUCAAAUUCAAAUUUCAAAUACACUGGUUGCGUUGUUUGUUGAUAGUGAAAUGCGAAGCGAAUAUUAAAUGUUUUGUGAAUAAAAUUAGAGAUAACAUUAAACAAAAUCGUGACCUCAAAACUAUAAUAUUCGUUAAUUGUAUAAGAACUUUUAUAAAUUUUACAAAGCUUGUUUUUAGAAUGCCAUCGGAAAGAAAUAAUGAAACUCGAGACGCUGUUAAGCGAGAAAUAAAAGGAAUACAGGCGCGUUGUAUGCGCGAAUGGAAUAUUAUCGAUAAUUCACCUUUGGACGCGCCGAACGUAAGCGUUGAAGACGUUCAAGAGAAAACAUUAAAUUACAUUGAAGGGCUUCGAAAUGAGGUUCAAAAUUCGAAUACGCCGAUCACUGCGGACGAUAACCUCCUUACUAGUCAGUUCCUUAACGAAAUAAAGGAAAAGACUGGCCAGGUAGAAGAAUUCACCGCUUUUAUGAAGGGCUCUAUACACGAUCUUGAUGCGGAAAUAAGCAGAUUAAAAACUCUGAUCACCAUAACACAAGAAGCCAAGUCUCGUCCGAAGGUCAACAAGCGUGAGGUGAAAACGGAACACAUAUAUAAAGCCAAGGAAAAGUUUCAACUCAUGAAGAAUGAACUGCACGGACUGAUACAUUCAUUGUUCCCUAACUCGGACAACAUGAUAAUUGAUACUUUGGGGCAAUUAAUGGCAGAACAUCUGAACGAAACUACUAAUGGAUACAUACCAAUAACAACUGAGACUUUUCAAAUAAUAGAACUUUUAAAAGAUAUGAAGAUUGUUUCAACAAACCCUUACAACCAUAUGGAAGUUAAAUUAUCAUACUGAUAGUGGCUAUAAGUAAGGAAAAUGAAGAUGUAUUUGAAGAAUACUGAUUGAAUGUUCAAGAGUUACAACCACUUAAAGGAUUGCACAAGAAGUUAAUGUUUUGUAUAGGAGAUACAAGAACUCAUGCACACAUAUAACUAAGGCUCCUCUCUGUUGUACAUGCAAGGUCAACUUAGAGCAUAACCAUGGUGUUUUACCAACGUUUGGUUGUAAUGCGAUUGCUGCAUGUAUGCUCCAUGAUAUGGUUACUAAGGUCUAGCCUAUGUUCAUCUUGUCAAGACUUAAACUUUUGGGAACGAUUUGGCAUUUAAAUGAAAUAUUUUUUAUGAUAUAAGGACUUAAUUGUGCUGUGUUAUUAGUUAAGAUUUUAUAGUAAUAAAUAAUAAUUGAUACACAACUUGAA